CUUUAGUACGUGCUAAAGGAAAAGUGCUAGUUUUGAAAGGUUAAGGUAGUAGUUAUCAAAUAAAUUGUUCGAAGGAGAUGAUAUAUUGAAUGCGUUCCACUCCAUUCUUUUGAUUGAAUUAGCCGUGGCAUUUCUAUCGCAGUAGCAGCUGUACCUCCCCUAGAGGUCAAAUCUCGAACAUGACGUAGGUCGUGGUUUUCAGUCACACUGACUCCGUUACAACAAGGCCUGAACAAAGCGAACGAAUACUACAGAUCUACAAGCACUACCCUUUUAUUUCAACAACGAUAAAACAUGCACUAUCCUUCUCUAAGAGAUCUUCAAAUGAAAUAUCUGUCGCUGCCGCGCCCGCGCCUGGCCCUUCUUUCGUAUCGUGGCGCCUCCGCUUUACGCAGAGGGGGGGGGGGGGUGCGCGGACGCACGGGACAAGGCGCUUCACUUCUCGGGGUAUUUUUUUCUGUCUCCCACGUUUUUGCCACUUUGGUAACCACCCACGACGCCGUAGGCUUCCCUGACGCCAACUCGAUCAGCUCUAUGCCGUAUUAUUACUACAAUUCUUCGUCGUUCGCAGACCUGCACUUGCACAGCCAGGAUCGCCAGCUACCUUUGCUGCAGUCAGAAAACUUUGGAGCCGCUUUUGCAACAAAUUGGACUGCCUGUGAUGGUGUUGGAAGUGGUGCGACAUACGUACUACAACACCAACAGAGCCUUCCGCAUAUGCUCGAACAUCAGCCUUCAGUGUACGAGGCCGGCGGCCUAGAAACCGCGAGGGAGCCGACAAGCAGCGCCAAUACGUUGAGGAAAAACGAAGAGGCCGAGCGGAACAAUCCGGGCUUCAAGGCAAUGUCGCAGCAGCUUUUUCAUCUCGCGAGGGCUCGCCCUCGCGAGGUGCGAGGAGAUGUUUGUCGACGUCAACGAGGGCGCCGCGGGCGGUUCCUUUCUCAGUCCAAAGCAGGCGCUAAAACUCCGGCAAAUCAUCACCAACAGCGUCCCGCUGCAACGCCCAUAUUUUUGAGCGACGCCGACCGGGAAAAGCCAGGUUGGGAGGCAUCUACGCGGCAGCUACAGCCUUUUCACGCGAGAAGUGCGCCGCGCGGUAGAAGAGCGCUUCCCCGCCGCCAACGGAGGCACGAGCGGUUUCUUCCUUUUUCCAAAGCAGGCGCUCUCCGGGCGGAUCUCGAUUUCGUCGACCAGGUCUCGUCAACGGCCAGCUCCCAUUCCGAAACUGGUAUACAUAGAAGUUAGAAUUUAUGUGUAAAUCAUAAUGCUUUCUCGGUUUUGUUACGAGGGGUGUGCAGUUUUUCUUUUUUCGUUUUCUCAGUCAUGGGCAGAAAGACGUUCAAAUGGACAUCCAUCUCAAAGUCUCACCAGUUUCUGUUCGCAGGAUUUUCGUUUGCAGGAUUUUAUAAAAACAUUUUACAAAGCAGGCACGAGACCUUCCGCCAACGGCCAGCCUCUACUCCCUGCUGUCGCACGGCCGCUGCGGAGGGUACAGCGGUGCGCAGACCUCGGAAGCUUGGUCAGACCGUUGGAGAGCGAAGUGGGCUUGCAUACUCUUGGACAUCGCAGCUUUAUCCCGGUUGCGCCGAUUGGCGUGGCCGGAACUACAUACCAGGAGGGGCAUGGAGAACUAGGAAUCGGCGUCAGCUCUGCCAACGGCCACCUUAAUAGCUCUGCCACCGGAUUGCUCGCAUGUCCGCCGCUUUUCUCGGAAGAGAUCGAGCUGGAGCUCGGUUCUUUCCUUCUGCCACCGGCCUGGAGCGCCCGGGACUUCUCUACAACGGCACUCUCUAGCGCAGCCACUGACAUCGGGGACUCAAGUUCAACGGAAGACCUGCCAGUCUUCGCCAGCGCCGCACGCAGUGAUGUUCGCCCUGCUUCUGACAGAGAACACAAGUGGAAAUGACAAGAACAACAAGCGCCGACCUGAUAGAUGAAGAACGAGCACUGCGUUGCAGUUGCACGUAACGAGCGCUGGCGCUGCCAGUGUGAGCCAUGCGCGGAUAAUCAUUGUGCAGGAAAAAAAAAAGAUAUAAGAAAAUAAUAUUAAUGCUAAGGGCCAACAGUAAUCACUACGUGCGUGUGCCCCUUACAUACUCUUUUACAAAGUAUUGAUAUUUUCCCGUUGGUGGCAUAUUGUUGUUAUAUGAUUUCACAAUGAGACACAAGCUGGAUGACGUGUCCAAACCUGUCCAAACUCAAACAUAAUGAUGCGCACGACCAGAGAGCACUUCCUAUGAAGUUCCACCUGGUGACUUGUGUAUGAUUGGGCAAAGUUGUACCAUGCCAGCUCCUUAAGAAGGGGCGCUCGUUUCGAUAUCAUAUCUGACAUAUAUACGAAGAAGACCAGGGCACUAUAUGUGAACGACAACGAAGGUUAAUAGAUAACUAAGGAAGAAGAUAUUAAAGAUAUAGAUCGAUUGAUGGAACAAACAAACAAGGACCUAAGGAACAACAAAAAUGCGACAAGCGAUAUAGUGCUAUCAUUUUAAGAACGGUCGAAUCAAAACCGGUCUCGUCCGUGCUAGAGAGCACGAAAAAUCGAAACAAGUACGAGACUCUGAGACACCAAUAAACAACAUUGUCGCGCACGUGCCACCCCCAUACCCAUCUCGCCUCGACAAAGUACGUAUGAAAUAAAAUACCCAUGAUGUAUCGAAAAAUCGCGAAUAAGUACGUGGACGUGCGCAUGCGCACCAUGAAUGGUGCUCCCGUCCAUGUAAGGAGAGACGUAUCUUCAUAAGCGUCAAUCGGACUAUACGCUUCUCGCCGAUUGUAUAUUUUAAUUUUUGUUUUGCCAAU